AUGACUCUUUUAGAUAAGGAUGACCCGGUUGUGCCCAGGAUCUCAUUCUCAUGGCUGCCCUGGUAACGGUAAACGUAAAGCAGAAAAAUUCACAAUUUAAGCAAAGCUGCCACUCUGUCCUUUAAUAUUUGAGAUGAGCCACCCAGAGAAACAGGUUAACCCCCAAGAAAAGGCCCCGCCACCUAAAGCGGUGGAAGAGGCGGAAAGUUAUGCGGAGGAGGUAAGACUAACCUCUCGUGGACACGUUCUCCAGAAACGCACCUUGAUCUUAACGUGUUAACAAUGUUCCAGGCCCCACCAAAAGCAGUAGCAAAGAAGGCUGUCGCACCAGCCAAGAUGGCACCGAAAGCAGCUAAAAGUGAGGAUGACUUGGAGGAAGAGUCUGAGGAAGCCCUCGUCCCCCCCACCACCCAAAAAGGCCGAAGCCACACACGCAAAAGCUCCAGCCAAUGCAGAAGUCAGAUGAUGAUUACGAUGAAGAAUCCGAGGAGGAGGCCCCACCCCCAAAGAAGGCUGAAGGUCACGGCUGCCAAGGAGGAGUCUGACGACGAUGAUGAUGAGGACUCUGAGGAAGAGGAGAUGGAUACCACCCCGGCACCCGCAGCAAAGAAAGCAGGCAUGGUCAAGGCUAAGGAGGAGUCUGACGAUGAUGAGGCCCCAGCGACUCCUGCAAAAGAGGAAGGCCGACAGCAAGAAAGCCAAGUCCGAAAGCGAUGAUGCGUUCUAUUCGUCGGCAACCUGACCUCAAACAAGGACUUUGAUAAAAUCAGAGGUUUUGGCAGCUUUCUUCUCAAAUAAGAACCUUGAAGUUCAGGACGUCAGACUUGGCGCAUCAAAGAAGUUUGGCUACGUAGAAUUUGCCUCAGCGGAGGACAUGCAAGACGGCCUUGGAGCUGAACGGCAAGAAGUUCAUGGGACAGGGGUUGAAGAUGGGUAAGGCCCGCAGCAAAGGAAACUCCCAGGGGGACAAAGGUACAUUUAUAUUACUGUUGCUAUUUUUAGUGCAUUGACUAAAUCUUGCUGUUUGAAACUGAGGUUUUCACAAAUGUGAUAAUUGAAUAAACUGACGUGGUGAUUUAAA